GCGCGCCGCGCCUCCUGUCAGAGGCGGCCAUUGUCCGGCGGUCGCGCCUACCUCCCUGAGCUGGGUGGCUCCUUCCCUGCUCCAGGUCUCAGUCUUUCGGUACGGCCGGAAGAGGGGGUCGGGCUCAGGUGCUGGACACCUGGGGCCCUCCGUGCAGACCGCCAUGAGUAAAAGGAAGGCGCCGCAGGAGACGCUCAACGGGGGAAUCACCGACAUGCUCAUGGAACUCGCAAAUUUUGAGAAGAAUGUGAGCCAGGCUAUCCACAAGUACAAUGCUUACAGGAAAGCAGCAUCAGUUAUAGCAAAAUACCCACACAAAAUCAAGAGUGGAGCAGAAGCCAAGAAACUGCCUGGAGUAGGAACAAAAAUUGCUGAAAAAAUUGAUGAGUUUUUAGCAACCGGAAAAUUACGUAAACUGGAAAAGAUUCGGCAAGAUGAUACGAGUUCAUCCAUUAAUUUUCUGACUCGAGUUAGUGGCAUUGGUCCAUCUGCUGCAAGGAAGUUUGUAGAUGAAGGAAUUAAAACAUUAGAAGAUCUCAGGAAAAAUGAAGAUAAAUUGAAUCAUCACCAACGAAUUGGGCUAAAAUAUUUUGAGGACUUUGAAAAAAGAAUCCCCCGUGAAGAGAUGUUACAAAUGCAAGAUAUUGUACUAACGGAAGUUAAAAAACUGGAUUCUGAAUACAUUGCUACAGUGUGUGGCAGUUUCAGAAGAGGUGCAGAAUCCAGUGGUGACAUGGAUGUUCUUCUGACCCAUGCAAACUUCACUUCCGAAUCAAACAAGCAGCCAAAGCUGUUACAUCGUGUUGUGGAACAAUUACAAAAGGUCCAUUUUAUUACAGAUACUCUUUCAAAGGGUGAAACCAAGUUUAUGGGUGUUUGCCAACUUCCCAUUAAAAAUGAUGAAAAGGAAUAUCCACACAGAAGAAUUGAUAUCAGGUUAAUUCCCAAAGAUCAGUAUUACUGUGGUGUUCUCUACUUCACUGGGAGUGAUAUUUUCAAUAAGAAUAUGAGAGCUCAUGCCCUAGAACAGGGCUUCACAAUCAACGAAUAUACCAUCCGCCCCUUGGGAGUCACUGGAGUUGCUGGAGAACCCUUGCCUGUGGACAGCGAGAAAGACAUCUUUGAUUACAUCCAGUGGAAAUACCGAGAACCUAAGGAUCGAAGUGAAUGAGUCUGUUCUCCCUCCUGGGCACAGCCCAAUAGAAGUCUUAAUUUAUUUCUUAACCUUUGCUAUGGAGGGGGGUUUGGUGUUUUAACUGAUUAUUUCUCCUUCAUGCUUAGCUUGCCUUAGUUAAUAAACCCUCUUGCACUAUUA